AACAUGGAACAAGUGCAACUGCUUGGAAUGUGGCUCAGUCCUUACAGUUACAGGGUCAUUUGGGCUCUGAAACUGGAAGGCAUAGCAUAUGAAUACAUAGAAGAAGAUCUCUCCAAUAAGAGUCCUUUGCUUCUCCAAUGUAACCCGGUUCACAAGAAGAUACCCGUGCUAAUUCAUAGUGGAAAACCGAUUUGCGAGUCCUCGGUUAUUCUUGAAUACAUUGAAGAGAUAUGGCCCCAGAAUUCCUUGCUGCCAUGUGAUCCAUAUGAGAGAGCCAUCGCCAGGUUUUGGAUCAAAUUUGCUGAUGAUAAGGGUCCAAUAGUAUGGAAAAUUUGUGGAACUAGAGGCGAAGAACGACAGAAAGUAAUUGAGGAGAGCUUGGAAAUGCUAAAAACCAUAGAAGAACAUGGCCUUGGAGACAAGAAAUUCUUCGGAGGAGACAAGAUUAGCAUGGUGGACAUAGCCUUUGGCGGACUCGCCUACUGGCCUGGAGUCAUUGAAAAAAUACUAGGCAGAAAUCUACUGGAAGCCCACAAGUUUCCUCGCCUGCACGCAUGGACCAAGAAUUUCAAGGAAGUCCCCGAAAUCAAAGAAAACCUCCCUGAUUUUGGUCGUUUGUUAAAGCGAGAGACAUAGAUUUUCAUUAUCCAUCGGAACAUGUACCAAAAAGAAAAAAUAAAAAGUUAUCUGCUGGAACUUGGCUCUACUUUUACUGGUAGAUGUACUUUCUUUAAUUACCCAAUGUCCAUUUUGUUUACCCUGAUUGAUCUCAAACAGAGUAGAGGUUAAGUAUUUAACAUAUAAUCUUACCUCCCUCCAAAAACCAUCCAUCAAAUAUUUGUUCAGCCACCAAUAUUGAAUUUGCAUAUUGUUGACUUUUUUGACUCUUGACUUCAACUACUGGAAUUGUCGAAGUACUC